GGACUUAAGAUGGCGCCGCGAGGUGAGGUUCUGGAGGUGUGUAAACGGUUGUCCUCCACGCCCCUAGAAAUCCUGUUCUUUCUGAAUGGGUGGUAUUAUGCUACCUAUUUCCUGCUGGAACUCUUCAUAUUUCUGUAUAAAGGUCUCCUGUUACCAUAUCCAACAGCCAACCUAGUACUGGAUGUGGUGAUGCUUCUCCUUUAUCUUGGAAUUGAAGUCAUUCGACUCUUUUUUGGCCAGGGAAAGCAGGCCACUUGGAGGCGACUCCAAAAGCUGUGUCUGACAGGUACAAAGGGAAACCUCUGCCAACGAAAGAUGCCACUUGGUAUUAGCGUGGCCUUGACCUUCCCAUCUGCCAUGAUGGCCUUCUAUUACCUGCUGCUGCAGACCUACGUGCUCCGCCUGGAAGCCAUCAUGAACGGCAUCUUGCUCUUCUUCUGUGGUUCAGAGCUGCUGCUUGAGGUGCUUACCCUGGCUGCUUUCUCCAGUAUGGACAGGAUUUGAAGUACAAAAAUGUCAGCCAGCAGCCCUAAUGGGCUGGCAUCACAUAUACUUCUGGCACUGUAGCCAUACCAGUGGGAAAUGGUGUGGGUCAAGUUGUCCUGGGCAAGGUUGCAGCCUUUUCUCAGCACAGACAUUUGGCCAACAAACCGAUCAUAAAGCCGCUGGGCACCAUCUUCUAAACCAGGACCGUCAGCCCAAGAGACUCUUCUUCACUCCAGUAUGGGGAGGGGCAAGGUCAUUUCCAUCCUGGCCCUUCUCAGAACCAGUUCCCUGCUGACCUCGAGCACUCCUCUUUGAUCAUCGUGGCCAGAGCAUCUUGGGUGGACUAUCUAGGCUUGUUGGGCUUCCGGCAGGACCUGAGCCACAUCCUUCCUGUGCGUGUUGUGCCACACCAGUUCCACACGAGCACGGAGAGCCUCACUAUGGUGCGCUCCCAGGGUGAUGCAAAAGCCUUUCAUCCCAUCCCUCAAAGAUACUAAGCUGCAGAACUUUUUUAGAAGCUCAUAGUGUUAUUUUUCUAUUCUCAUCAUGAAACAAACAUUAUUUUAUAAUAAAUUUGUAUUUUCUGU